AUGGCGGCCACGGCCACCUCCGCCGCGCUCAAGCGGCUGGAUCUGCGCGACCCCGCGGCGCUUUUCGAGACGCACGGAGCGGAGGAGAUCCGAGGGCUGGAGCGCCAGGUUCGGGCCGAGAUUGAGCACAAGAAAGAGGAGCUGCGGCAGAUGGUGGGCGAGCGGUACCGCGACCUGAUCGAGGCGGCCGACACCAUCGGCGAGAUGCGCCGCUGCGCCGAGGGGCUGAUGCACGACACGGGUGGGACUGCACAGCACUCCGACUCCAGUAAUCCCACUGCACCGCGCUUUGAUGCCUUGCCGAGCGGCACUGAAUCAGGCUUGAUGAAAGCUCUGAACCCUAAAAUGCCCGACAACUUAGCCGGCCCAGCACUGCCCUGGCUUUUGCCUGUUCUUCUGACUCCUGCGCCCUUCCCGCAGCCACAACCAUCCCGGGAGAAGUUCUACAGCAUGGCCGCCCAGAUCAAACUCCUCCUAGAAAUUCCUGAGAAGAUCUGGAGCUCGAUGGAGGCCUCUCAGUACCUCCGUGCCACACAGCUGUACCUGCUCUGCUGCCACCUGCACAGCCUGCUCCAGCUGGACUCCUCUGGCCCCCGGAACAGCCCCGUCCUCUCCCGAUUCCCCAUCCUCGUCCGGCAGGUGGCCGCGGCCAGCCACUUCCGGUCAACCAUUCUGCACGAGAGCAAGAUGCUGCUCAAAUGCCAGGCCGUGUCGGACCAAGCUGUAGCUGAGGCCCUGUGCUCUAUAAUGCUCCUAGAAGAGAGUUCUCCUCGCCAAGCCCUGGCAGACUUCCUGUUGGCCAGAAAGGCAGCUAUUCAGAAACUUCUCAACCAGCCGCACCAUGGUGCUGGUAUCAAGGCUCAGAUUUGCUCAUUAGUGGAGUUGCUGGCCACCACUUUGAACCAAGCUCAUGCUCUUUUCUACACUUUACCAGAAGGUCUCCUGCCAGAUCCAUCCCUGCCAUGUGGCUUGCUCUUCUCAACUCUGGAGACCAUCACAGGCCAGCAUCCUACUGAAAGGGGCACUGGCGUUCUGCAGGAAGAGAUGAAGCUCUGCAGCUGGUUCAGGCACCUGCCAGCAUCCAUUGUCACGUUCCGGCCAGCUCUCCGCACCCUCGCACAUCCCAUCAGCCAGGGGCACCUGACUGACACGCUGCAGAAAUGGAUCCACAUGUGCAAGGAAGACAUUAAAAAUGGGAUCACCAGCCUGCUCAUGUUCGUGAAGAGCAUGAAAGGCCUGGCGGGGAUCCGGGAUGCCGUGUGGGAACUGCUUACCAGUGAGUCUGCCAGCCACAGCUGGGACGUGAUAUGCCGGCGGCUCCUGGAGAAGCCACUGUUGCUAUGGGAGGAUCUGAUGCGGCAGCUGUUCCUGGACCGUUUACAGACUCUGACCAAAGAGGGCUUUGACUCCAUCUCCACCAGCUCCAGACAGCUCCUCAUGUCCGCGUUGCAGGAGCUGGAAAGCAGCUCCAGCAAGUCCACGUCCAACAAGCACAUCCACUUUGAGCAUAACAUGUCUCUCUUCCUCUGGUCCGAGAGUCCCAGCGACCUGCCUCCUGAUGCUGCCUGGGUCAACGUGGCAAACCGGGGCCAGUUAGCCAGCAGUGGGCUCUCCAUGAAAGCUCAGGCUGUCAGCCCUUGUGUCCAGAACUUCUGUGCUGCCCUAGAUGCUAAACUGAAGGUGAAAUUGGAUGACCUCCUGGCUUACCUUCCCUCUGACGACCCGGCACUGACCAAGGACGUCUCCCCUGGGCAAGCCAAGAACUGCGCCUUUGACAGGUACGCAGAUGCUGGGACCGUGCAGGAGAUGCUUCGGACUCACUCUGUGGCCUGCAUCAAGCACAUCACUGACUGUGUCCGGGAGGAGCUGCAGAGCAUCGAGGAGGCUGUGCAAGGCCAACAGGACGCCCUCAGCCGUGUCAAGCUGCAUGCGGUCCUUUUCAUGGCCAGACUCUGCCAGUCCCUGGGAGAACUGUGUCCUCACCUGAAGCAGUGCAUCCUGGGAAAAUCUGGGCGUUCCGAGAAACCAGCAAGGGAUUCUAGGGCUCUGAAAAAACAGGGAAAGGGGAAAACUGAGAAAGUCCUACCUAUGCAGACCCAGUGGCAGGAAGUGAAGGAGCUCCUCCUCCAGCAGAGCGUGAUGGGCUACCGGGUCUGGAGCUCGGCAGUGGUGCAGGUGUUGGCUCAUGGAUUCGCCCAGUCAUUACUUUUAGAUGAUGCUGGCUCAGUCCUGGCCACAGCCACCAGCUGGGAUGAGCUGGAAAUUCAGGAGGAAGCGGAGUCUGGUAGCAGCAUCACAUCCAAGAUCCGACUCCCUAUCCAGCCGUCCUGGUAUGUACAGUCCUUCCUAUUUAGCUUGUGCCAGGAAAUUAACCAGGUCGGAGGCCACGCCUUGCCCAAGGUGACGCUGCAGGAAAUGCUGAAAAGCUGUCUGGCUCAAGUAGUUGCUGCCUAUGAGCAGCUCUCAGGGGAAAAACAGAUGAAGAAAGAAGGCGCGUUUCCAAUGACCCAGAACCGGGCACUGCAGCUGCUCUACGACCUGCGUUACCUCAACAUCGUGCUGACCGCCAAAGGUGAAGAGGUGAAAGGUGGUCGCAAGCAGGACUCCAGAAUUGAGAAAGUGGCCGACUGUUUGGAAGCCCUCAUUGACCCCUUCGACCUGGACGUGUUCACACCACACCUCAACAGCAACCUCAGCCGCCUGGUGCAGCGGACUGCCGUUCUAUUUGGAUUGGUUACUGGCACAGAGAAUCAGUUCACCCCCAGGAGCAGUACAUUCAACUCCCAGGAACCCCACAACAUACUGCCGCUGGCAUCGAGUCAGAUCAGGUUUGGACUUCUUCCACUGAGCAUGACAAGCACUCGAAAGGCCAGAUCAACCAGCAGGAGCAUCGAAUCAAAAGCGCAGGUCGUCCCCCCAGCACUCUCGCGAGCAGAUGACCCGAUGCAUCCCGGCUCCUCAUUCAGACAGCUCGUCAGUGAGGAAGACUCAGCUACACCUUCAUUAUUCAAACUUGGCUGGCUCUCUAGUAUGACUAAGUGACAUGGGAUGUGGCCAUCACUCUGAAUAAAUACUACUGUCAUUUCUACGAAA